GAAAAGUAUGCAGAAGUUUUGAACAAGUAGAAGCCUCAUUAACUACAAGUUGAGUAGCUCCACUGCUAAUUUUGAGCUGCCAAAUUGCAAAACAGAGUCCAUUAAGCUUGUCACCACAGUGCAUGAUCCAGAAACUACAAGGUAACGGACAUGCCAAAGGAAAUUACAUUCUUCUGCUUGCUCAUGGGCCUUAGUAUUGCAGGAUGCAGUUCUGGGGAAGAUCAGUUUGUCUACUCUGGCUUCACUGACAGAAACCUGAGCCUCGAUGGUGGAGCUAGAAUCAUGCCAAGCGGCCUUAUUGAGCUUACCGACAGCAUGGUUCGGCAGAAAGGCCAUGCAUUCCACCCAAGUCCAGUUCUCUUCCACAAGUCUGGUACAGUGCAGUCAUUCUCCAUAUCCUUUGUGUUUGCCAUCCUGUCUAUCUACCCUGAGAGUGGCCAUGGCCUUGCCUUCUUCAUUGCGCCAAACAAAAAUUUCUCAGCUGCAUUCCCAACCCAAUACUUGGGCCUCUUCAACGACCACACCAAUGGUGACCCAAAUAGUUAUAUCUUUGCUAUUGAGCUUGACACUGUCCAAAAUUAUGACUUACAUGACAUCAAUGACAACCAUGUUGGCAUCAAUAUCAAUAGUGUUCGAUCCAUGCAAUCCUAUGAAGCAGGCUAUUAUGAUGAUAAGAGUGGUAUUUUCUUGAAUUUGACACUUAAUAGCCACAAGGCGAUGCAAGUUUGGGUGGACUACAACAGAGAAACCACACAGAUCAAUGUCACCAUGGCUCCCCUCAACAUUGCAAAACCAGUUAGGCCACUGCUCUCUACUACCUACAAUUUAUCCACAGUCAUCACUAAUCUGGCAUACAUGGGCUUCUCAUCCUCAACAGGCACAGUAACUGGAGAACACUAUUUGCUUGCCUGGAGUUUUGGCAUCAACAGUCCUGCUCCACCAAUCGAAAUUACCAAGCUGCCAGAGCUGCCUCAUCUCGGUCAAAAGGCUCAGUCGAAGACAUUAAAGAUAACUUUGCCAGUAGUGAUUAUGGUUGUCCUCCUUGGUGCAUGCAUUAUUACUUUUGUACUUGUGCGGAGGAAUCUAAGGUAUGCUGAGCUACAUGAAGAUUGGGAGGUUGAGUAUGGCCCUCAUCGGUUGUCAUACAAGGAUUUGUUUGAUGCGACAGAAGGAUUUGGAGAUAAAAAUCUAUUGGGUACAGGAGGGUUUGGAAUGGUAUAUAAGGGGGUUCUCCCUGUAUCCAGAUUAGAUGUUGCUGUGAAGAGAGUGUCACAUGACUCAAAACAAGGCAUAAAGGAAUUUAUUGCAGAGAUCGUUAGUAUUGGUCACCUUCAACAUCGUAACCUUGUGCGGUUAUUGGGAUAUUGCAGGCGAAAAGGUGAGCUUCUCUUAGUGUAUGAUUACAUGCCAAAUGGAAGCCUUGACAAAUACCUGUAUGGUAAAGAUGGCAAGACUACUUUAGAUUGGACUAAAAGGUUCCAAAUAAUUAAAGGAGUAGCAUCAGGUUUACUUUACCUUCAUGAAGAGUGUGAGAAAGUCAUCAUACAUCGUGACAUUAAGGCAAGCAAUGUGCUCCUCGACGACGAGACAAAUGGGCGAAUUGGUGAUUUUGGUCUCGCAAGAUUGGAUGAUCAUGGCACUAUCCCAGAAGCCACACAUGUGGUUGGCACCAUAGGAUACCUAGCUCCAGAGCUAGCACGCACUGGCAAGGCAACCCCUCUGACAGAUGUAUUUGCCUUUGGAGUGUUCAUUCUUGAGGUCAUAUGUGGGCAAAGGCCUAUCAAGCUGAAUACUGAAGACAGACAGCUAAUGUUAGUUGACUGGGUGCUUGAACAUUGGCAUAAUGGAUCACUCGCAGAUACAGUGGACAUCAAACUUCAAGGUGAAUAUGAUAUUGAUGAGGCAUGCCUAGCACUAAAGCUAGGAUUGUUGUGCUCCCACCCGUUUACUAACGCAAGGCCAAAUAUGAGGCAAGCCAUGCAGUACCUCAACAAGGAACUACCAAUAUCAGAGAUAACACCAAAUCUAAGCUUUUCCAUGCUAGCUUUGAUGCAGAACGAUGAUCUCAACCCAUACAUCAUAUUGCAGUGUCCAUCAGAAAUGGGCUUCGGCACAAUAUCUACCAUCUCAGGAGGAAGAUGACUAGAUGAGACUCAUGGAUGCAUGGCCUUCAAUAUUUCUAGGUGAUUUAAUAAUAUAAGGUUUUAACAGUUUGUCACUUAAUGUUUGUUUUUUAUGUGGAUGUUACAUAUGUAAUGUACUAUUGUUGAUCUACCUAUAAUCUAUUUGUUGGGAUAUUCAAGGCUUUGUAAUGAAGUGGGGUGUAGCGAGUACACAGAAAUGAGAGACAUCAAAGGGUGUAAAUAAAGCCUUGGACUAGUCCUCAUCUAAACAAGGAUGCAAAUAAAAAGAAUACAAAAUGGUAUUGAACA